AUCUGGCAAGUUUGGAAGGGUGAGUGCCAGAGAGAAGUUCUGGGAUUAUCAAGUGUGCAGGACACACUUACAAACUCACACACAAAUGGGAAGACUUAAAGAGGAAGAGCACAAACGCUGCAAGAUUCUGUAAGAUGACUGGCAUGCUGGUUUGGGCAUGCAUUGCUUGAAGGGGACUCUGAAAUCAGGGAAUAGAAAAAAGAGGCAAAGACAGAGCCAAAAAAAUACAUUCAGCCUCCAGUCAUGGAGACAGUUACUGAACUGUGUGUGUCCAGUUUCCAGGCUUUCUUGUGUCCGACGGUACCGAGCAGUCCACCAGUGCCUGAUGACCUCACACCCGAGGAACAAAAAGAGCUGGAGAACAUCCGACGACGAAAGCAAGAACUGCUGGAUGAUAUUCAGCGUCUGAAGGAUGAGAUAGCAGAUGUGACCAGUGAGAUUGAGAAUCUGGGUUCCACAGAGGAAAGGAAAAACAUGCAGAGGAACAAACAAGUGGCCAUGGGCCGCAAGAAAUUCAACAUGGACCCCAAAAAGGGGAUCAAGUUCCUCAUUGAAAAUGACCUUCUGAAGAACACCAGGGAAGACAUUGCACGGUUCCUCUACAAGGGUGAAGGUCUUAACAAGACAGCCAUAGGAGAUUACCUUGGAGAGAGGGAUGACUUCAACAUCCAGGUCCUUCAUGCGUUUGUGGAGCUGCAUGAGUUCACAGAUCUGAACCUGGUCCAGGCGCUCAGACAGUUUCUCUGGAGCUUCAGACUUCCUGGGGAGGCGCAGAAGAUCGACAGAAUGAUGGAGGCAUUUGCUCAGCGCUACUGCCAGUGCAACCCUGGAGUAUUUCAGUCCACAGACACCUGCUACAUCCUGUCCUUUGCCAUCAUCAUGUUGAACACCAGCCUUCACAACCCAAACGUUAAAGACAAGCCUGCAGUGGAGCGAUUCAUCUCAAUGAAUAGAGGUAUCAAUGAUGGAGGAGACCUGCCAGAAGAACUGCUCAGGAACUUGUACGAGAGCAUCAAGAAUGAGCCUUUCAAAAUCCCUGAGGAUGACGGCAAUGACUUGACGCACACUUUCUUCAAUCCAGACAGAGAGGGCUGGCUGCUUAAACUGGGAGGACGUGUCAAAACCUGGAAAAGACGGUGGUUCAUUCUCACUGAUAACUGCCUUUACUACUUCGAGUACACUACUGACAAAGAACCACGAGGCAUCAUCCCACUAGAGAACCUCAGCAUUCGUGAAGUGGAGGACAAGAAACCGAACUGCUUUGAACUCUUCAUCCCUGAAAAUAAAGAUCAGGUGAUCAAGGCCUGUAAGACAGAGGCGGACGGACGUGUCGUUGAAGGCAACCACACCUUCUACCGCAUCUCUGCCCCCACCACGGAGGAGAAAGACGAAUGGAUGAACAGUAUUAAGGCGGCCAUCAGUCGAGAUCCCUUCUACGAGAUGCUGGCUGCUAGAAAGAAGAAAGUGUCAUCUAUGAAGAGACACUAGAGCUGCUUAGGACGCUGGCGUUACAGAUUCAGGGCUCCCCUUUCUGGAGAAGACUGAGCUGUGCAGAGUCAAACACAAGCUCACUGCUCAAAGAAAACGGAGCAAAAUCAUUUACAGGAUCCAUGAGGUCAAACCUCACAAAGCUAGACUCUGCUCCGGUCUUUUUAAUGUCUUCUUGCUCAAGAGUGUGUGUGUGUGUUGGAAGGAAGUCAGUGGGCUUUUACCUUGCUACUUCUUCCUUGAAACCCCCAAAGAAUACAUUUUUCCUGAUGCUUUACCAAAAUACGCUCUUUCACUUCACUUCUCCUCUCUUGCUCUUGUCUUUUGCACACUUUCAUUUCCUGAAAUCAGCAGGUCUGACAGAAUGUGGAAAACAGUGGGGCAAAGUUCCUACUUGCAUCGGUAAAGGAAGAUUACCUUUGUGCUUUGAUAUGUACAGGCAAUAAGUGUAUUUUUACAGCUCAUAAAGUGGCUUAGUCUUCAAAAGUUUCUGUAUUUAAAAGUUUCUGAUAUUUUUUUUAAGGGACUACUACAACUUGCAACAGAAAAUCAGGAUUUUAGACUUUUGUUGGGAGGGUGGAAGAUCCCCCUCAGUGUUGGAUGAUUUGCUUUUGAAAGUAAACAGAUUCGUGGGCAUUUACAUUUAUUUUGUAGUCAGUGUGCUUUUAAAUGCGACAUGAGUAUAACGUGUCGUAAACGUUUGUUAAAACUGCAGUGGUUUGAAUGUUGGCAGCUUGUCAUUAUGCAGCUGUUAUGUACAUAUAAAGCCAGCUAAAUAUUAUGGGUUGGCGUCAUUGCCAGGAUAUCAUGCAUUACCUCUCCAGCGCUCAACAAUAAGGUUUUGAUAAUAAAUAAGUGUGAGGGAGUUUAGGUGUUGUGGGAGGAAAACAUUGUGAAAGUUUUAGGAGCAUAGAAGUGUGGUUACAUUUGCACAGUGAAAUUCUACAGGCAAAAUAAAAGCAUCUCUAUAGAGUCACUUAUUGGACAGGGAGAUACCUUCUGAAAUAGUUUUGUGUUCCCUCACAAUGCCUUUAUCCAUCCCAUAUGGAAAUUAAACAUGCUUUAACUAUAGGAACCAUAGUUCAGAUAUUCAUAGUCAAACCAUACUAAUAAUACAGGAAAACCAAAACUAUGGUAAUAAAAACAAUGACAAUGUCUCACGAGAGGUCAAUCAACACAAAUCAAAAGUUUUUAUAAAAAAAGAAAUGUGCAUAACUACAAUUACAGUUGGCAUACUGACUGAUGGUGACAUCACAGGUGGAUUGAUUGUGAGCUGUCAAUGGCAGUGAAAUCAGAUGUUGUGUGGUCGCUCGCUCCAGUGCCUGCUCACAUGUUUUAACAUUCACUCCUCAAUUCUCACCUUCUUUCUCCAGUUUCCAUCUGUCCAGCGGUUAUUCUUCAAACAAAAUAAUCAAUCUUAAUCAGUAUUGGUUUAAUUUAUCAAAGAUGUACAUACUUUAGUGUAUAGAGAAUAUUGGAUUCCAUUUUAUAAAUAUGUUUGUGUAGCAGUAUUGUACUAGCUGAGUGCCAUCUUCUUUAUCUUUUCAUUUUCUUUUUGAAGAAACUACACUGAAAUAAAGAUAUUAUAGCA